AUGGCUACCAAAGAUGCAGCAAAGCAGGAUGUGAUAGCGAUUGCGAAAGACUAUGGUUUCAUCAAUCCUAGUGACCUAAACGAAAUUGGUCAAAUCCGUGCAGCGUUUCGACGCGAAGUGGAGGUUGGGAUGUGGGCGAAAGACAAGAAAAUAGCACACUCUAUCACAACACUUGCCAAGAACGUCUACAGCAGCAACGCUCGUUUUAUUUUUGAGCUGCUUCAAAAUGCCGACGAUAAUCAGUUCAAGCUGGCGGUUUCGAGGGAUGAACAGCCCUUUAUCUCCUUCAAAGUUUUUCCAGAUAAGAUCAUCAUCGAGUGCAAUGAAGAUGGAUUCACCAAGGCAAAUCUUUCAGCGAUUUGCUCGGUUGGAGAGAGCACCAAGGCGGCAUCCCACGGCUAUAUUGGAGCCAAAGGCAUUGGCUUCAAAUCUGUGUUCAUUGCGGCUUGGAAAGUCGAAAUACAAUCAGGAAAUUAUAGUUUCUACUUCAAACACGAUCGGGGCGAUCUUGGCAUUGGAAUGAUUCUUCCUGUGUGGCAGGAUGUCAGCGAUGAAUUACCUAACUCAUUGACUCGCAUUACCCUACAUCUUCACCAGAAGGGCGACCCAGAAGAUAUCGAUCAUCUUCACCAAACAAUCUUCAAGCAGUUGAACGAUUUGGAACCGACAUGUCUUCUUUUUUUGAGGAAACUUAAGGAAAUACGGGUGUCAUUCUACGAUCAAGAUGAAGAACUCCAAAGAUCUAAGAUGUUUUAUCUCAAAGGGAAUACCACAGGGAUAGUUUCUCUUACGACUGAAUCAACUGAUGAACAUGGCGAAGAAAAUAUCAAUAUUAGCAAGUACUAUGUAACUCGCUAUAUAGGCUCUCGUCUCCCAAAAAGCGACAAUCGAGAGCUUCCUGCAACUAUCGAGGCGGAAACUGUUCUCGCAUUCCCGAUGGGACAGGAUAAUCAACCAUUGUUUGCACCUCAGUCUGUUUUUGCAUUUUUGCCCAUACAGAAGACAUCCUUCAAGUUUCUCAUCCAAUCCGACUUCGACACGAGUGCAAGUCGGCAGAAGAUAUCUUCGACAUCCAGACGAAACAUUAAGCUCCUGGAUCAUAUUGCUGCCGCAUUCUGUCAGGCUGUCCUGUAUUUCACAUCAAACAAAGACUUUUUACAUACGUGGCCAAUGUAUCUUCCUUCCCCAGAAGAUGCCACCGAAACAUUCUGGAGCGAACUGCACCUGAAGAUUCUUGCAAGUAUUUCUCAGCACAGAAUUAUUCACACUCAAUUCAACAAGCUUGCAAAGAUAGCCCAAGUAGUAAUUCCAGCUCAAUCCUUCAAAGAUGACCAUGGAAACGUCCUGCUUAAUCACUAUGAAAUUGACCCGUUCAUCUGCGACCACUACUCAAAGGAAGCUAUAAGCUCCCUUCAACACUAUGGCCUGAAGAUCAACAGGGCUGGACUUGUGAUGCGUAUCCUUAAAAAGGAUCUGGAGAGUCCGUUUUCGCGAGUGAAAUGGAAUAAUCUUAGCGAAGACUUCCAAAGUCGCAUGGCAAAGCUUUUGUCUCAGUUUGCAAAAGAAAGCGAAUCGAUACGUUCUGAACUGUCAUCUCUCACUCUGCUCCCCUUGAGGAAUGGACAUUGGGUUUCUUUCUCUUCAGGGUCUGUUAGCUUUCCACAUUCAAAUGGCAUAGUCAUACCUCCAGGUCUUGAUUUUCGCAUUCUGGAUCCAGUUGCCACUUCCAAUCCAGAUCGCAAAGCGUUUUUCUCAAUCCUCGGUAUCCAGGAGCCAGCAGUCGACACAGUUCGAGAAUCAAUCUUGAAAAGAAACUGUUCAUCAUUUCUCGAUGAGCAUUCAACAAUAGGUGAAUCAAAAAAGCACUUGGUAUUCUUAUAUCAAGCACACCGAUUUCCAACAACAGCCUUUGGAAAAGGAAAUAUGCUCAGGAACAUACAUAUCUUCUCUGAUGAACUUCGUCUCAUAUGCCCAAGGCGAGAUGGAUUGGAGUGUUAUGCUCCAUCAAAUGAUCCUUAUGGACCAAAGUUGCUCUUGGGAGCCACAGAUGCCUUGCCUGGUAUGAAGUUACCCUUUGUUCAUCCAAAAUACCUCGAAGAAACUCCAGAAAAACCGAGCCCUGAUCACCCUUCCUGGAUUGAGUGGUUUAAAGAGACCUUUGGCGUCAGCGAAAGACUGAGUCUUAUCGCUCGGGAUGGCCAUAGUCUCUCACCUACCUGGUAUUACCUGGCCAAGCACCAGCCACAGAAAUUACUCGGAUAUCUCAAACAAGCCUGGAAAUUUGAAGGAGCGCAGAUAAUUUGCUCUGAGUCACUCAAGCUGCUCCUUCAAAAAACAGAUGUGAGCCGACUCUCGAAUUGUAUCGUUAAGCUUCCAAGGCAAUGCCGUCUCGACGAAGCAUACCUUCCAUUGCCGAAUCUUGUUGAGCAAAGCAGGGUAUUUUUGGGAAAAAACGAUGCUUUUCCAUUCUUGCAUUUGAAAGGAAUGUCAAGCGAGGAGCAAAUCAAAACCAAUUGGUUUUUUCUCCACUCUGAGCUUGGUGUGAAAAAGGACGAUGACAUUGAGUUUUUACUUGACAUCUUGAAGUGGUUGAAGAUUUCAAAUUCCAAUUUCUUGAUGAAUAAACACGUCCAACGAGUUUUUGACCUAUAUAGUGCCAUUUUUACAAAAUACAGUGGGUCAAGGGAUAAGAUGCAGUUGAGGGAACGCAUCAGUUCAUUUUUCAAAAGUGAUGACUACAUAUAUGCUCCAAGAUUCGCUAGAGCUAGUGUCACCGUGGCCACCUGCCCCAGGUGGAUUAGUACUGAGCUUUGCUUAUUGAAAGGGCCAGAGAACCUAAUCAGCAAAUAUCCGCUUGAGACAAGAUAUCGGCGCUCUUCUGCUGAUGAAAAAAAGCUCUCCUCUAUCAUGAAUCUCUUUUCCCAGGUUCUCAACAUCAACUCUCCAUCUUGGCAUGACUUGAUAGUUGAAUUGGCCUACCACAGAGAUCAUCAAAACGACCCUUACUUCACUUCCUUCACACCAAGCUCAAUCUUUGAUUUGUAUAAAUGCAUUCACGGGAUGAAUUCCGUUCUUUCCGUUAAGGAACUCAGGCGGGAGUUCCAUGAGAAUUCUCUGAUCUUUGUAAAAACCGAUUCCCAGACUGGCUGGUACAAGUCCUCUGAGUGUUUAUGGUCGAGCACCACAGAGAUCCGCGGAAAGGUUGCUUUGAAUGACCAUUACAAUGAACUGGAAGAGUUUUUCCUCCAUACUCUUGGGGUCCAGACGCUCACUCUUCAAAUGGCAUACGAUGAUCUUCUGGCUAUUUGCUCCGAAGCAACAAGGGAGGAGAUAAUAUCAAAAUUGUGGUGUCUCAACGCACUUCUCCUUAUGGACGAUACUUAUGUUGACCCGAAGCCUCUUUUGAGAAAACCCAUAUUUCCUGUUGUCUUCCCUGAUGGUUCAAAUGCUCUCUGUUCAACAGAUACGGAAUUUGCGAUUGGGGAUCGUGAAUAUUUGGCAUCCCGAUUCCGAGGAAAGAUCAAAAUUCUUGAAUUCACCCAAGAAGAGGUUCGUAGUCUGAAACCUUUCUUCGAUUGGACCAAUCUUUCACAUCGCUACCUCUCUGCUUCCCUCAAGCCACUGACAUCAAUUUCUGGCAAAACGACACCUUUCAAUCCAUCGCCUAUGCGUGACUUGACUCGAAAAGCUCAUGCCCUUCUUCGUAUUGCAUGUAGUUUCAACAGCCCCAGAUAUCAAGCCAACAGGCUAGAGCUUUACAAUCUCCUUCAAAUGGUGACUUUUGAAGUCAGUGAUAGCAUUGUCUCUAUCCUGCGUAUUGUUCAAGAUGGCAGGGCAGCGGAUGUGGAAGAAACAAUUGCAAAACUUCAUAUUUCUGAAACCCCUCUCGGACUUAUCAUCUAUAUCCCGCGCGACAGAAAGGCCCAAGAAAUUUGCUUCUGUGAUAUCCUGCCAAAGAAUAUUGUUGAUUGGCUUAUGAGGGAUCCCAAGACGCAGAUUCUUGAACCGUUCGGACCUGAUAUGUUGAAAAUAGUCAUUAUGAUGUUCAGCAUUCAUCCUUUCGCGAUAGAUUCGGUUUUGGAUCGUGAGGGUAUAGCCGAAAUCGAUAUAGCUAACGAGGAUAAUCGAUCUCAUGGUGAUUUGCCCGAGGAAGAUGACUUGUCCUCGGAGGACUCGGCGCAAUCCGAUGCAGACCGCAAUGAACUUUUUGGGCAGCCUGCGUACAUUGAAACUUCCACCACCCAGAAUGUACGAUUUCUGGCUCAAUCUUUUGCCACGCGAAUUUUGACGAAGUUCAAAGAGCCUGUUCCCAGGGAAAAUCCUCCAAUACCGGCUCCAUUUUUGAAUGUUCCUUUGUCAUACAACUUUCAAUAUAGGUGCCUACUUGAUCAUGUACUUCUAGCCGCCCGACGAAUGGUUUUCCCUUCUCGUGGAGCUUUUAGCAUGGCCCAGUUGAAUCAAGCAUUGCCAAGGGAGGAAGAGCUCGGCCAACACCACGGGUGGGACGGCCUUAGAAGAGUUUCCUUUUUUUCUAAUAAUCAACCUCAGUUUGAAAGAGACAAGAAAAUUGGAGCUGCGGGAGAACUCUAUGUAUUCGAGCUUCUAAAGGGUCUUUCGUUACCAGACUGGAGUGAUUUAAAUUGGCGAAGCAUAAUUCGUCAAUAUGUGACUAUUCAUCCAGACUAUGCUAGAAUGGCUCUGUGGCACGAAACAGAAACAGCGGAAAUCGUUUAUAAUGACACAGAGGGUAUCUUUACGGCCUUGCUGAUCGAACGUGGGUAUAUGGAAGCCGGCGAAUGGAAAACCAUGCGUCCGAAAUAUUUCAUGAACAUCAAGACGACGACGGGACCAGUUGGCACGCCAUUCUACCUGAGCAAGAAUCAAUUCGAGCGAAUGGGCAAUAAGAAUCGCAGAGGCGGCUGGUCCGAAGUGUAUCUGAUUCUCCGCGUGUUUGAGAUACGUGGAUCUAGUAUUGGGAUGCGCGUAUAUCUCGAUCCGGAUCAACUCAGGAUGGAAGGUGGGCUGGUGUCUACUAUUGGGACGUGGCAAGAUUGA